AUGGCUCGCAUCACGGCAUCCCUCCUCGUCGCCGCCGGCCUGGCCCUUUCCGCCAAUGCGCAAGCUCCCGUCUGGGGACAGUGCGGCGGUACCGGGUGGACAGGCUCGACCAGCUGUGCCUCGGGAGCUUAUUGCGCUUACCAGGAUGCUUGGUACUACCAAUGCGUCCCCGGAACGGCGCCGGCGGUUUCGUCCACCAAAGCCACCAGCGUCCCGGCCCCGACUCCCACAUCGAGCCCGUCCCCUUCCGGACUGAAGUACUUGAUCACGUUCGGAGAUUCGUACUCCCAAACAGGCUUCAACAUCAACUCCACAAAGCCCAACCCCCAGAAUCCCCUCGGCAACCCAGCCCUGCCCGGCAAUACCGCCUCGGGCGGUCUCGACUGGGUCGGCUUCAUGGUGACGCAGUUCAACGCAUCCCUGACCUACUCAUACAACCUAGCCUACGGCGGCGCUACCACGGACGCGAGCCUCAUCGCCCCCUACGCGAGCACCGUGCUCAGCUUCAUCGACCAGGUCGCCGAGUUCAAACGCAGCCUGGCCGCCAAGCCGACUUGGGCACCGUGGACGGCGGAGAAUACCCUUGUGGGCGUGUGGAUAGGCGUCAACGACGUCGGGAACGCAUUCCAGCUUUCGAACCGCGAGGCGUUGCUUGUGCAGGUCCUGGAGCGGUACUUUGAGCAGUUGCAGAUCCUGUACGAUGCCGGCGUGAGGAAGUUUCUUGUGCUUGGUGUUCCGCCAACCCAAAAGACCCCUCUCAUGCUCGCCAACGGCGCCGCCUCCAACGCCCUGCUCGUCGCGGCCAUUGAGCAGUAUAACGGUCUGAUUGCCAGUCAUCUUGCCGCCUUCAAGGCGAAGAACGCGGGCAUCACGUCCUGGCUCGUCGAUACCACCCCUGCGUUUGACAAGGCCAUCAACAACCCUACCGCCUACGGCGCGCCCGACGCGACGUGCUACAAUGCCGAUGGCGUCAGCUGCUUGUGGUUCAAUGACUACCACCCGGGGGUGCAGAUUCAGAAGCUUGUGGCCCAGGCUGUUGCGGCGGCUGUUGGUGCGCCGUGGUUUACUUCAUAG